AUGGCACUUGAAUUAUCGGUGCUGGGUCGGUCUCUCAUUGGCCCAAAAGCUUCAACUUUGCAGAAAUAUACUCAAAGGUCGAAGCUUUCAGGAAGACUUCACUCUCCUGUGGUGUUGAAUCCUUGUAAAAACUGCAACUUGAGUUUUACAUUCCGACCAAAUUGUGAAUUUAGCUACAAAAGAAGUAGUAGUAGCUUUAUGCUGUUUAGCUCGAGUCAGUAUCACGAGGGUAGUCAACGAAAUUCUGAUUCCGGGGAAAAGGAGCUGGAUUUAGUUAAGGUUAUGCUGAAACGUGGGAUUGUUGUGGGAGCUGUGGUGUGUGGAGUAUUAUUGUAUGGAUGCCGUAAGGUGUUGGCAUCAGCAGGGUAUGAGGUGUUUGGUCAGAGCCUGGUGUUGUUCAAGAAUGCUUUGCCCAAGAUUUACCAGGUUCUUAGGGUUCUUAGAGAGCAAGGUUUAAUAUUGGCUGCACUGCUUAGUCUCUCAGCGUUCUUCUCUAUGGCAGAGACGUCCAUUACCACUUUGUGGCCGUGGAAGGUGCGUGAGUUAGCUGAGAAAGAACCAGAGAAUGGUGUAUUCAGAAUGCUUCGAAGUGAUGUUACCAGAUUCUUAACGACUAUACUUAUUGGAACAACUGUUGUGAACAUUGCGGCAACUGCACUGGUCACGGAAGCAGCAACAGCUAUAUUUGGAGAAGCUGGUGUUAGUGCAGCCACUGGAUUAAUGACAGUGGCUAUAUUACUUUUGACUGAGAUUACUCCAAAAAGUGUUGCUGUUCACAAUGCUCAAGAAGUUGCAAGGCUUGUGGUCAGACCAGUGGCGUGGCUUUCCUUAAUAUUAUAUCCUGUCGGAAGAAUUGUCACAUAUCUCUCAAUGGGAAUACUGAAAAUUCUUGGUUUAAAAGGACGGAGCGAACCGUUUGUUACUGAAGAUGAGUUGAAACUGAUGUUACGGGGUGCAGAAUUAAGUGGCGCCAUUGAAGAAGAGGAGCAGGAUAUGAUUGAAAAUGUGCUGGAGAUAAAAGAUACUCAUGUUCGAGAGGUGAUGACUCCUCUUGUUGAUGUAUUUGCAAUAGACGCCAGUGGCAGUCUAGUUGAUUUCAAUAGCAUGUGGGUGACUCAUCAGUACUCGAGGGUGCCUGUUUUUGAGCAGCGUAUAGAUAAUAUUGUGGGAAUAGCUUAUGCUAUGGAUCUUCUAGAUUAUGUUCAGAAGGGUGAUCUGCUAGAAAGUACAUCUGUGGGUGACAUGGCACAUAAGCCUGCCUACUUUGUCCCCGAUUCUAUGUCAGUUUGGAAUCUUCUUAGAGAAUUUCGCAUAAGAAAGGUUCAUAUGGCAGUUGUCCUUAACGAAUAUGGUGGAACCAUUGGGAUAGUAACUCUUGAAGAUGUGGUUGAAGAGAUUGUUGGUGAAAUAUUUGAUGAAAACGAUUCAAAAGAGGAGAUUCAGAAGAAAACAGGGUAUAUUGUGAUGAGAGACGAAGGGGUAUACGAUGUUGAUGCUAAUACAUCUAUUGACCAGUUGUCAGAAGAGCUGAACAUGAAGAUGCCAGAGGGCAUACAGUAUGAAACUGUCUCAGGUUUUGUGUGUGAGGCCUUUGGGUACAUCCCAAAAACUGGAGAGAGUGUGAAGGUUGUUCUUGAAAAGGAAAACAGGGAAGAGGAAGGUGAAGAAGAGGAAGGUAAACAGGAGAGGCAAGAGCAGAAAGAAAAACACCAAAUAUAUAGAGUAGAGAUACUAGCAGGAAAUGCAAGAAAAGUGAGUGCUGUUCGGUUUGAAAGAGUCAACGACAUGGAUCAAGUGUCGGAGGCUAAAGAUGUUAGAAGCAUGGUUCCUAAGUUCGUAAGGAAAUGGAGCAGCGAAGAGGAUGAUGGUAACUCCACUUACCAAGAGAUGUCAUGGAGCAGCCAAGAGGAUGAUGGUAACUCCACUUACCAAGACAACAAACCCGAGAACGCUGUCUCAGAUGAACAUGUAUUGGCUGAUAAUAGCAAGAAACAACAAUGACAUUGAGACAACAGUUCAUUUUUUUUCUUUCUCUAUGCUGCAUUUUUCAAUUCUUCUUUGAAAAGGAAAGACGAACAACAAGAGACAUUAGAGACGUCAAAGCUCUUUAGGAGACAGAAGACCACAACUAUGUAAAAAUGAUCGGUUGUUUCAAAUAUUAUGAUUUAUCAAUUUUCUUCUUUAUAUCUUUAGCAAACUACUGUUUGAGUUUUUUUAUUGAACAAUUAAAAAAUUUAAUAAAAUUUUUGUUGGUGCA